UGAAAAUGAGUUGAUCGCCUUGAUCCAGACGCGCAAAUGUCCUAUAGCGCGGCAAAAUGGCAGCCGUGCGAUCCUUGGGCCUUCAUACACCCACAGGACUGUCCUAUCUCAUAGAAGAGGGAUUUCUUCAGGCUGACCCGCCCGAAUCUGCCUAUCAUUGGGAAACAUAUGAUGAUGUUCAUGGACUGGAGGAAGUUCUCUACACUGAGCAGUGUGUUGUAUGGUCCCGCGGAGGCGUCGUCAAAAAAGCUUACAGCUUCGUUGCUGAAGGCGAAAACGUCAAACAUGCUGUGCUCACAUCCUUUCCUGUCGAUGACAUUGUCACGGACUACCAGGAACUUGGCUAUGCCCAAUCCUCCGACCAACCUGGUAUCAGCAGCAAUCUGGAGCGUCAAAUAUCUGGACAAACCAAUGCCGACCGUGCAUCGAAGCCCAAAGAAGGGCUUUCGCGCGCUCUUGUGGUCUUUCUGAACCGUCAAGCUCAUAUUUACUUCUUGUCAGGUGCCACCCAUCUUGUUCACCUACAUUUCGAUGUUGCAAGAGUCUUUCCGGCGCCACGAGGGUUAAUUAUCGAGAGAAAGCUAGGAACAGAAACAGAGAUACCCCCUGCAACCCCUGAACAGCCAAAAGCACCUCCAAACUCGUUUCUGUCACCCUUCGCCCCUCGGAUCGGACAGGCUCAUUGGGCACAAACGAAGACCAAGGUCACAGAAGCAGGUGGCCUGGACUUUGAUUUGCUCCGCAAGGCUAAAACCUCCAUCGUGGACAACCUACCGAAGCACUUUUGUCUAACAAGCCCACUGUCGGAGGUUGGCUUAAUAGUGCACAGCCCGCACAAAUUGUCGGGAUCUACAUUAUCCCGGAGCCAGCGGCAAGGAGAUCUCACUGCUCUUGAGGCCAGUGAGGAAAUUCUUUAUGUUUCCAGGUUUUCAGAACUAUUGGGAGAGAUCACGGAUAGUGAUUGCCCUCUCAUCUUAGUCGUUACAGCCAACAAAGAUCGCCAAGUGUACAAAAUAUGGCAAGCUCUAUACGCCGAUUCAAAGUCCGCUACCGCUCUUUUCCGCGAACGACAAUCUCCAUCGGGAGUGAAGGCAAGAAGACGAUCCUCAUUCAUCACUCGCACAGGAGCAACUACACCUGCUCUCCGGCAGGAUGAAGGGUUUCCAGAUACCAUAACAGUAAAAAAACGAGGAAAGAAGCUUUCAACUCUCAAUGCCAGCCAAAGUACAGCCAUUUCAGACGCUGGCGGCGAAGAUCUACUUGUGUCUCAGCUUGAUCCAGACUUCGAUACGCACCAACCAGCAAAGGCAUCUCGGCGCGUUAGCUCUAUGUUAUCGCGAGCAGAGCUUUCGACAAACCAGGAUAGAUCAGCAUUUCAAGAACUUGCCAUGCAAACGAACCAUAGACAAUCAUUUGGACCACAUGGCAGGAGAGGACAGUCUUUUGGUGGGCAAGUCGAUCGUACAAGUUUCGGCAUUACCUCUCAACGAAGGCUACGAUCAUCAACGCCGGGUGCUUUCUCCCGAUUGAGCCUGGAUGAUAUGUCUGAAAACGGAACCAUCAUGAAUUUCGAGGUGGACGACACUUUGAUGACAGAUGACCUGAACGAUUAUGAUGAUAUUUUUGAUAAACAUUCUGAGCUUGACUCAUUCGAUUUUCGAUUGCCUUUUGAUGGGUUGAGGAGGGAAGUACUGUUUCAUCGCAUCGCAGAAAUACCUAUGAGUGAAUCAAUACCGUUGAGAUACUCAUUUGGUUCAGUUGCACAGAGCAGUCUUCCGGAGUGCGUUAAUAUUUUCACCAUAGCAUCCCACGAAAUGUCCUCAGAGACUAGUCAUACUAGCAGGCGUUACUUCAUGCACAUAAUGAACCGCGAGACAAAAGAGCAUAUUCAGCUUGAGUUUUUUGUCCAGACCAGACGCAAAGAAUGGCCAGAUGUUCGAUCUCAAAGCGCUCUUGGGAAUCCAUUACAGUCAUCUACUAUUCCAAUAGCCGUGGCGAAGAAGGUUACAAGAUUGAAAGGUCAAAGUGACGCCUGCAAAAUCGAAGACAACGGCAUUGCCCGCGUCUUGUGCUUGCGAAAUAAGGGGGGAGAAAGCGCUCUGCAACUUUAUGCACCGUGGUCUCCAGAAAAUGCGUACACGAUCGCACUGGAUCGACUGCGCAUUUUCAGCCCGUUCGAUGUAGCUACUCCCCCUCCAUCUUCACCUAGAACAAUUGGGAAGCAGCGGACCAUGCUAGAUAUUCGGCCUUUUGUUCAAAUAUCCCACCCAGGUCCUGGUGGAACCUGCAGCCUUCGUGAUGUUGAUGAUAGGAUUCAUCGCGUCCAGAUUCAGCUUGCUCCACGCAAUGACCAAAUUGCAAAACUUUUAAGGACCUUACAAUUCGUCCUUCCUUCAUGGCUGAGCGAUUUAUUCCUUUGUAUCUGGUGGAACAGGCAUCAAUCUAUCCACGAUGACGUUCGUAAGGACUGGCAUGCUCUCGCGCUCACCGUAUUUGCUAUCGCUUUGGCACUUGAAGAUGGAGGCGGUGGCGGACGAAAAUCUGAAAGUUCAGGACCGAGGCCCUCACCGUCGAAGAGCAGGAGGAUAUCAGCAAAUACAUUGGACGCAUUCGAUCGCAUGGUUCAAACUGAAGCUGAUUGGGACGUCUCAAGAGUGUUUGGACAAGCUGGCUGGACUUGGACAGAUCGCAGCCGAAACCUCGUGUCAAAGAGUGCAGAUCCCUUAGCGGCGCUGAUUGCAGAAGCCAGAAAUUUUAUACGGUCAAAGACAGGACUGGAAAUCAGCGGGUCAUUAAGAGCACAUUCGCAGCUUGUUGGACUGGCAUUGUCGCGAAUUAUUGCCACAUUCCACCUAUUCCGAGAAGAAGAAAAACUUCAUGCCAAUUUCGAAACUCAAGAAGAUAACACAACUUCGUCCCUGAACUCUGCGGUUCUCAUAGCUCAACUUGCCCGUUGGAUGGAUUGGACGCUUUGGGAUUGGAAAGACCGGAAGUACUACAGCCUUGAGUGUGCCGGGCAUUCAGGCUUCGAAGAUUUCGUGAUCAAAGCAUGCACUAGUCUUUCUCACCCUCUUGCUGCACAAGAACCCCCUUCGAUUUAUGCCUGGCUUGAAAAGGCUCUUACCCCGGUAUUCGAUGCUCCUUUUCCAAGCCUUGAUGCAAUUCUCAAUGUUCCAAUGUCACCUCACCUGCAAACUGCAAGUGCACAAUUAUUCCCACGGAUCACCGCGAUAUCGAAAUACUUGGUGUUGCUGCGUGCCCCCGCUCUUUCACCUGAAAAGCAAAUCGAGGCGAUAACUGAAGCUGGAAUAUCUCCUAGAAUGCUUGAAACGCUACCUAGUUCGAUAAUCGCGAUUCUCAAAGAUAUCCUCACGCAAUGUCAAGCCUAUCCUCCAACGACAUGGUCUUCAGACCUUUUGGACUUGAUCAACCGUGAAGACCUUGCUCUGCUAGCAUCUGGGCGCCAGCCACAACCUCGAGAGCCUGGAAGUAAGCAGCCCACUAGUAUUCGCGAUGCACACACUGUUUGCCAAGCUGCCGAAACACCUUUAUCACCAUUUAAUCUACCAGAGUACUCUGAUCGCAUUUGGAUCUCACGUCUGAUCUUCAAUGAAGAUCGUCGCCUGGUUGAGGCAAUGCAUCUUGUAGAACCGUUACGUACAGCUGUUGCAGUAUGCCCGCAUGAUCCGUCCUGGUCUGAACAGCAAAUGCUGGAUGCGCAGAAGGACGUUAUACAAUGGGUCAUGACGAGGACCUUUGCCCUAGCUCCAGGUAAUGGGAUGGCCCAUUUUGAUAGCAGACAUCCUUUACUCACGGAAAAGUAUGCUAUCCACGGAUACAGUAUGCUCUGCAAGAUGCAGCCGAUGGGUAAUACGGUAUCAGCGGAUCGCACCACAUUAUCUGAAGAGAAAUAUGGCUGGUCAUGGUUUCAUGCGGGCGUUGCCGCAGGUCUUUCCAUCUCGCGAGAUGCGCAAGGGAUUGAUACUUCAUGGAUUAUCUUUAACCGGCCACCUGAGCUGACCAACAGACAUGCCGGCUUACUCCUCGCACUUGGACUCAACGGACACCUGAAGAGCGUCGCACGAUGGCUAUGCUUCAAGUACCUAACACCAAAACAUACGAUGACUUCCAUUGGACUUCUUCUCGGUCUCUCUGCAUCGCAUUUAGGCACCAUGGACACUCUAGUAACAAGGCUAUUGUCCGUGCAUAUCACGCGAAUGCUGCCACCUGGAGCUGCGGAGUUGAACUUAUCACCACUCACUCAAACCGCUGGCCUCAUGGGAAUUGGACUGCUGUACUGUGGCACCCAACAUCGCAGGAUGAGCGAGGUCAUGCUUUCCGAAAUCGAAAAUGUCGAGAUUGUUGACCCUGCAGAUUCGUCAAUGAAUGUGCGUGAUGAGGGUUAUCGACUUGCAGCAGGAUUCGCCCUUGGUUACAUUAAUCUGGGGAAGGGCAGCGAUAUUAGGGGCCUCAAUGAUAUGAAAGUUGUUGAGCGCCUCCUAGCCGUAGCUGUAGGGCCACGUCCUGUUGAUCUUGUGCAUAUCCUCGAUCAGGCUACCGCUUCCGCUACAAUCGCUGUCGCGCUCAUUUUCAUGAAGACCGGUAACAAAACUGUUGCGCGAAAAAUUGACGUUCCCGACACAUUGCCUCAGUUCGACUACGUACGACCGGAUAUACUACUACUGCGUACCUUGGCGAAACAUUUGAUAUUAUGGGAUGAAAUAGUUGCUGACGACAAGUGGAUCAUCAAAAAUCUGCCCCGCGCAUUCGCAAGCUUUUACCACAUGCGUGAUAUCCAGACCUUAAAAUCGGAGCACAUGCCGUUCUACUAUAUACUUGCCGGCAUGUUAUGGAGUAUUGGGCUUAGAUACGCGGGUUCUGGCAACAAGGCCGUUUCCACAUUUCUUGUCAGCUAUUUGGACCGCUUUAUACGAAUUUGCAAGCUACCUGCACAUCGUUACGACGCAAAACUGACUCGCAACACUGUUCGAAAUUGCCAGGACCUCGUUGCCCUGUCCUGUGCUACUGUUAUGGCCGGAACGGGAGAUUUGGAUGUUAUGCGAAGGCUACGCAUGCUACACGGUCGGACGAAUGCCGACACACCAUAUGGCUCCCACCUCGCAGUGCAUAUGGCUCUUGGUGCCUUGUUUCUCGGCGCAGGAACUUUCACCUUUGGAACAUCGAAUCUCGCCAUUGCUUCCCUAAUAUGCGCGUUUUACCCUCUGUUCCCCAUCGACGUUACAGACAAUAAAGCACACUUGCAGCCGUUCCGUCACUUGUGGGUGCUCGCGGCCGAGGCGCGCUGUAUCAUCACGCGUGAAGUAGAUACCAACAGGCCAGUACGGGUGCCUCUCACUCUCAAGCUACGCGAUGGUAGCUCCAAAGUCUUGACUGCACCGUGCUUGCUUCCCGAACUAGAAACCAUUGCAGACGUCAAGACGAGCGGGAUGGAGUAUUGGCCGAUGACGCUUGACUUUCAGAAUAACCCUUCACACCUCCUCUCUUUCAAGAAGCACCAAACACUCUACGUUCGUAAGAGGCCACCCGGAAACGCAAACACGAAUACUUUCUCCGCAACGUUCCACUCCCUCAACGAUGCACAAACAACGACACUAGUGGGUGCACGAAAACUUUUCCGAUCCGUCUUUGAGCUGCCAUUCUUUAAGGAGUACGGCUUAGGUACCGGUCUUGAAGAUGUGAGUCUCAUACUGCCAUCCGACGACCGGAGCAGUAUCUGGCAAGAUGCGGGAGGGAGCGUGGUAGAUAUGAAGUUGAUGCUCAAGAAAAUUGCAAGAGGGGGCCUAGAUAGGAAUGCUUUGUGGAAUCUGAGAGUCUUGUUCAAGUGGUCAGAGAUGAUGGAAGAGUGGGGCCACGGGGGAAUGAGCUGGUUAGGACGUGAGGUUAUGAAGGACUUGAAGGGUAUAGUUGAAGAGAGGGCGAGGAGGUUGCUAAAAGGGAACGCGUCAUGAACGGAUAAGUUCACACGGCUGGAUUAGUUAUGAACAUAAUUUUGACAACCAUUAGACUGGUCCAAGAGCCGCAGAGUGUGGCCGGGUCCUAUCUGUGAGAGAUCUAUAAAUUCCCCCAUGGGAUAUCGAAGUGUGAAAUUCCUCAGAUAUACAGCG